AGGAAAUCCGUUUGUGGUGGAUUGCUACAGUAAUCCUACAGCAGUCUGGACGAUAUAUUUGAUCACGACUAAAACCCAAAACUAGAGGCCUGGAUCAGAUUAGGUACAGCCAAGAAGAAGCAGAUGAAAUUAAGACAUGAAUUGAGCUGCGGUGUGUAAACCAGAGAAAACAGAGAUCGGUUUGAAACCUUUUCCUGGACCGGAGCAGUCUGUUCAUUUGACAGAUAAUUUGACAGCAGUUGGUUUACUAGCUACCUCUGGCUCGACAAGGCAGGAAGAAAGCUUUCAUUUAGUGGUUAAAGUGAUCCCCCCCCCUCCCUCCCUCCCCACAUCUAGCUAGCUAAAUUACGUUCCUGCCCAGUUGAUCUGCACUUCCCUAGUCUGCUAACCCCCUGCCGGAGAGGACGGCUGCGGAUCCAGAGGUGCUGUUGGAGGUAGCUAGCUAGCACGGCUAGUUCAUUUCACUAGCUAGCCUGCUAGCUACGCCUUGGAAUUCACAUCAUUAGCUAACUGGUUCCUCCUGGGGCAGAUACGCCGAGAUGUCGGUGACGAAAGACCAAACACCAACCAAACUGUCCACCACCGAUCGGCCCAUUAAAGCGGUGCCCUACCCCCCUGGCUCCAAGCUGACGGUAAAGGACCUGUAUGUAGACGGGAAGCCCAGUGUUGAGGUGCUCAAGACCCAUCUUGUUAAGGAGGGCCGUCUGGAGGAGGAAGCAGCUCUUCGCAUCAUCACUGAUGGAGCCAACAUCCUGCGACAAGAGAAAUGCAUGCUGGAGGUGGAAGCACCUAUAACAGUGUGUGGGGAUGUCCAUGGCCAGUUCUUUGACCUGAUGAAGCUGUUUGAGGUGGGCGGCUCGCCCAGCAGCACCCGCUACCUGUUCCUGGGGGACUAUGUUGAUCGAGGAUACUUCAGCAUCGAGUGUGUGUUGUUCCUGUGGACUCUGAAGAUCAACCACCCCACCACUCUGUUCCUACUCAGAGGAAACCAUGAGUGCCGGCAUCUCACAGAGUACUUCACCUUUAAACAGGAGUGUAAGAUAAAGUACUCUGAGCGUGUGUAUGAUGCGUGUAUGGAGGCGUUUGAUUGCCUUCCCCUGGCUGCGCUCCUCAACCAGCAGUUCCUGUGUGUCCACGGAGGCCUGAGCCCCGAAAUCACCUGCUUGGACGACAUACGCAAGCUGGACCGGUUUAAGGAGCCCCCUGCGUUCGGACCCAUGUGUGACCUGCUGUGGUCAGACCCUGGAGAAGACUACGGCUCUGAGAAGACCCAAGAACACUUUGCUCAUAACUCAGUUCGAGGCUGCUCCUACUUCUACAGUUACCCAGCAGUAUGUGACUUUCUGAUGAACAAUAAUCUGCUGUCAGUAAUAAGAGCACAUGAAGCCCAGGACGCUGGGUAUAGAAUGUACAGGAAAAGCCAGACGACGGGUUUUCCUUCUCUGAUCACGAUAUUCUCUGCUCCGAAUUACCUGGACGUGUACAACAACAAAGCGGCGGUGCUGAAGUAUGAGAACAACGUGAUGAACAUCAGGCAGUUCAACUGCUCCCCCCACCCCUACUGGCUGCCCAACUUCAUGGACGUCUUCACCUGGUCUCUGCCCUUCGUCGGCGAGAAGGUGACAGAGAUGCUGGUUAACGUGCUCAACAUCUGCUCUGAUGACGAGCUCAUGUCGGAAGGAGACGACACCUGCGAGGCUGGAACUUCUGCUGUGAGGAAGGAGGUAAUCAGGAAUAAGAUCCGCGCGAUCGGGAAGAUGGCCCGUGUCUUUUCUGUGCUCAGAGAGGAGAAUGAGAGUGUGUUACAGCUGAAGGGGCUGACCCCCACUGGGGCCUUGCCUGUGGGAGUUCUGUCUGGAGGACGGCAGACCCUGGAGAGCGCUACCGUACAGGCAGAAGAGGCACGAGCUAUCCAAGGGUUCAACCCGCAGCAUAAGAUCCAGUCCUUUGAGGAGGCCCGAGGUCUGGACAGGGUCAAUGAACGGAUGCCCCCUCGCCAAGAUGCUCCUCCCCCUCCCAACAACCUCCCAGCCAGUGGCCCACCUAACAAGAACGGGACAAACACACAGGCCUAGGCAUCUGGCCCACCUCUCUCUGUAUCCAUCCCUCCCUCCCUCGCUCUGUAUCCAUCCCUCCCUCCCUCGCUCUGUAUCCAUCCCUCCCUCCCUCGCUCUGUAACCAUCCCUACCUC